AUGGACGGCACGGCCACCCCCUGCGCUGGCGCCUGCAACGGGCCACAGGGCGCCCCCUUCUCCCCACCCUGGAGCACCCUGAGCUACGCAAGCCCCCCCAGCCCCACCGCUGGCCAGGGCAAGGGGGCCACCUGCACCUCACCAGGCGGUUCCAUCCCGUCGCCCAGCCCCAGCUCGCCCGCUGCUGCCCCCUCCUUCUUCAUCGCCACCGAGGAGCACGUGGGCAGCAACGGGCCCAGCUCCUUCUCCAGCGCGGUGCCCGAGUCCCCCACCACCUCCGGGGGUGGCCAGAGGUGCGCGAGCCGAGAAGCCAAGGUGAACCUCUUGCCGGGAAGCCAAGAUGAGCCAGAGCCGGUGGUGGAACCAUCGCGGCUGGGGGUGGAGCGGGCAGGGUGCCGGUUCCGCGAGCGGUCGCUGUCGGUGCCCACUGACUCGGGCUCUCUCUGCUCUGUGGACAUCGCAUACGCUGAGACCCGGCGCGGCAGUGCCAACUAUGCCCUGGGCUACCCCAGCGCCAGCUCUGAGGGCAGCACCAGCACCGACAACGUCUCCCUGGGGCUGGAGCAGGAGGGCCAGCGGCGGCGGCGCUCCAAGAGCAUCUCCCUCAAGAAGGCGAAGAAGAAGCCCUCUCCGCCCACGCGCAGCGUCUCUCUGAUCAAAGAGGGCAAGACAGGACCUUGUACUGCCAGGGAGAAGAAAAGAAAAGAAAGCAACCCCCACCAGUGGCAUCUCACGGACUGGAAGACCGGGGAUCCCUACCGGUCCCUCUCCAGCUCGAGCACGGCCACAGGGACCACGGCCAUCGAGUGCGCCAAGGCACGGGGCAGCUCCGAGUCCCUCACGUCCCCCUCCAUCUCCAGGGCCACGACACCCUCCCAGCUCUCCGCCGAGGCGGACCUCAAGACCUCCUCCCCAGGCAGGCCCACAGGGCUGAUGUCCCCAUCCAGCGGGUACUCCACCCCAGCCCAGCUGGGAGCCGGCAUGGGGGACCAGGCGCCCACCCCCAGCCCCAUCAUCACGCUGGACGUUGACCCUGCCUGCUGCAACCCCGACGCUGAGGACCCACCGUCCCCAGAGGCCAUGGGCACAGGACAAGCUGGUGACCCUGCCACAGAGCAAGGCAGCUCGGCGGAGGCCAGCACGGAGGAGAAGAGCUUCGCCAGCGACAAGACAGCCGACUCCAUCGCGGAGGAGGACGACGACGUGUUCGUGACGUCCCGCACCACAGAGGAUCUCUUCACCGUGAUCCACAGGUCGAAGAGGAAGGUCUUGGGGCGGAAGGAGCCUGGUGACACCUUUGGCAGCCGGCCCAACUCCCCCUCGCCCGUAAAGACGUCGGGCUCCCCGACCAGCGAGUCCCCCGCAGCAGCGGGCAGCAGUGGGAAGUCUUCCAGCAGGAACGAAGACUUUAAAGCCUUGCUCCAGAAGAAGAGCAGCAAAACCAGCCCCGGUACCCGGCCAUCUGCCGCUGAACUGCUCAAGACCACAAACCCGCUGGCUCGGAGGGUGAUGACGGAGUUUGCCCCUGAGCUAGACGGUGCAAACAGCCCCAAAAGCCAGCCCUAA